AGUCAGAAGAUAAUCGAUUGGGAGCAGAUAUUUGUGCAACCAUUGCUCCAGUUUAGUGUUAAUAAAGGCCAAGACCAAGACUUGAAGAUGGCUGAGAGAAGACAAUGGCGGCAUAAGGACUUGAUCUGUCGCAAAUGCGACAAAGAAUGCAAGAACAGGAAAGAAUUAUUCCAACAUUUGGAGGAAGAGCACUUUCAUCCAAAACACCUACAUAAGUGCCAGAGAUGCUCAUACCAGUCAACAAGAGGACACAAUCUCAAGAGACACAUGGAACUGGUUCACACAAGGAGGAACCGUUCCCCAUCUCCAAAUGCCACACCCAUUCCGAAAAUAAAAUGCAAGCUGCCAGAGCGGAUGCCCAGAACCGAGGUUCCAGCCAACCAACUAACGUCAAGCCCUGCCCUAUCCCUAUCGUGCUCUCCGACCUUCGAUGGAGAAGUAUUACCCACCAUAAGAAUCUCUGGUAAGCCUUUAGCGAUGCUAAAGAGAUCCUACGAGGAGAUGGAGGACAAUAGCUCCAGUUCUAUUGACACCGAUGAUGACACUAUCCCAGAUGCCCCGGACCCAGUUGCGCCAUUAGCGCAAACAUCACUAUCGUUUCCAACCUCGGACACAGAAGUACCCCCCAAGACUGCCCCAACAGAAGACACUAUACUAGCCACCGUAGUUGAGAAGAAGACCACACGUUAUUAUAUUGAUGGAAUUGUGAUUCGACAAACUGAUAUUACCAACACUUACCCCGUAUCGAUACCAGCCUCAUGGAAUAAGGACGUUGUCUGCAAUUAUGGAAUGCAGAAAGACUAAUUUGUUGAGUUAUAUUUUGUUUUUGUAGUUGAGUAUAUGGUAUAUGUUAUUUCUUGUGUGGAAUUCUCCUUUCCUUUCUCUCUCCUUCCUUUCCUUCU